AAAUAGAUGCUAAUGGAAAUUACACACCUGGGCGCUCCCCAUUAUGUUACAGUUUGCGUCGCUGUUUUCGUCUCUGCCGACGUCUCAGUUAACGUCUAUUGACAUAUCUGCAUUGAAUACGUUUUAGGCGACAACACCCGCGAAGAAUUUCUUUUGCAGUUUCAUGCACACAUAUCGAUAUCAAAUUAUUAUUUCUAAACGGUUACCGUAUGGUCGGUCAUGGCCAGUGAAAACAUAAUGGACGAAUUAGCAUCAUUAAUACGUACGGAAAUUCCGGAUGGUAGACAAAGUUUGCGCGAUAGUUACACGAAUUUGGAGCGCGUGGCAGAUUAUUGUGAAGACACAUAUUAUCGUGAGGAGAACAAGAAAGCGGCACUAGAGGCUACGAAAAACUACACCACACAGUCAUUGGCUAGUGUGGCAUAUCAGAUUAAUACACUCGCUUAUAGUUAUAUGCAACUCUUAGAGUUGCAAGCACAACAAUUAUGUGAAAUGGAAUCGCAAAUGAAUCAUAUUGCUCAAACGGUACAGAUACACAAAGAAAAGGUUGCCCGACGGGAAAUUGGUGUUUUAACUGCUAAUAAAGUUAGCUCACGUCAAUUUAAAAUUGUCGCACCCAUCAAUCCAGAGAAGCCAAUCAAAUAUGUACGCAAACCAAUUGACUAUUCUAUUUUGGACGAUAUUGGUCAUGGUGUCAACUCUACACAAACGCGUCAGCAAAAACAUCGUGGUUCCAGUCAUGGCUCCAUACAAUCGCUGGCAACAUCUUCGUUAGCGCCUUCUGUUGGCCCACCACCGACUACAAAGCCACCAACACCACCACAAAUGACACGCGGUAACACCGGAACUUUGGGCAAGUCUUCGAUGAGCAAUACCGGUACACUUGGCAAGAGUUCGCGUGAAUAUCGUACGCCACCAGUUGUGAAUCCACCGCAAGUGCCUUCGCACUAUGCACCAAACUAUCCAAUUGGGCAUCCAAAACGUAUGUCAUCGGCUUCUUCAAGCACAACAGUCACUGGCAUCAGUAGUAUUGGUAUGAGUGGGGGUGGCAGCACCACGGGUGCUACAACCGGUGGCGGCAACGAACGCGAACGUGGUGGUGGUUAUAGUGCAUUGCCAAUGCCGCCCAGUCAACAGAUAGCAACACAUGUCAAUUUGCCGUCAGCUGGUAUGAUGCAAUCAUUGCCACCACCACCACCAACAACGUACGAUGACCGGAGCAGUAUGCCACCGCCACCAUCACCACUUACUGUUUCACAACAUGAGAUUACCGAACAAAGUCACAUUGGCAUGCAUACUUUGGGUAGAAAUCAUAAUAGAAACAAUUUCAGUGUGAACUUUGCACGGCCUGGCUCGCAAUCGCCACCUCUGCCACCUCCACCACCACCAGAGGAGGAGCAUCAGGACUUUGGGCGCCCGCGCACAUCAACUGGGCAAGGACAGUUAGCACCGAUUGUGCCGGAAGAUCAAAAUUUACCCGGUUGGGUACCAAAGAAUUACAUCGAAAAGGUUGUCGCAAUUUACGAUUAUUAUGCCGAUAAAGAUGAUGAAUUGAGUUUUCAAGAAAGUUCGGUGCUAUAUGUGCUAAAGAAGAACGAUGAUGGCUGGUGGGAGGGCGUCAUGGAUGGUGUGACCGGUCUAUUUCCCGGCAAUUACGUUGAACCGUGUGUGUAAACGUGUACAAGUGAGAAGCGUGUCGAGAGCACUUAGUGAUUUUUAACUGGAUUUGAAGGAAAAAAAAAAUCACAUAAGUGCAUUUAUGUAUGUACACUGCCUAAAUUGAAGUGUUUAUCCGCAAAAUGGUAAAGAAAGUAUGCACAUACAUAUGUAUAUACAUACAGUCAUACGUGCAUACAUUAAACGACACAAGAUAUUAGCACUUAAUAUUAUUAGGUGGCAUUAAAUGUUAAACAAUUCCAAUUUCAAUAGCAUUUAUAUGCGUGGUUUAGAAUCAAAUAAUUAAUUAAGUAUAAAUGUAUGUGUCUAAUGUGGAAUGUAUUGUCCUUCGGUAAGAGAAAAGAAAAAGUACUCCUCAUGUUGUUUGUAAUAUGCAAACUGAGACGUAACAAAACGACAAAUACCAAAAGGAUAUGCAUUAAACAUAUGACAUUUUAUAGCAUUUUUUACAUUAAAAAAAAGAUGAAAAAUAUAUUUGAACCCUAUCCACAUAAAUGAAGCACAGAUAACUAAAGUAAUGAUACAUAAAUACUAGAGAACAAUAAUACUUAUAUACUAGCUGCAAUUAACUGAAUUAAUUCAAUUACAUACAAACGUAUUUUAUCAAACUUAUAGUAUUUGUGAAUGAGGCGCUAAAAUGCUCGCAACAAUUCUUUUUAUACGCCUACAACCUUUUAUUAAUAAAUGUCCUUGAAUUAUAAAUACCUAUAAUCCUGUAAUGUAUGUAAACCUUCAUAUAUAUACGUCUGCGUGUGUUUUCAUGUGUAAUGAGUAAAGUAAGUGGGAUAGCGCAAUGUUCCAUUAAAAGCAAAAAUUGGUUGGUAGGGAAUGUCUGAUAAACGCAUUUAAUAUGUACAAGCAUUUACCGCAAAAUAACUGGUUUCUUGAAAAAAAAAAAAAAUUCGCACACAGCGCCGAACUAUUUUACUUUUAUAUUUAAUUUCAAAUAUUGGCGUUUUGUGUAAACAAAUUAUUUGCAUAAAUGAAAUACUUUAUUACCUCUUGGUAUAGCUUAUGCUCAAUUAUUACAAUAUAUGUAUGUAUUAAUAACAUUA